AAUUCUAAAUUUAUUUAUUUAAUUCGAUAGAAAAUAUUCUUCAAGAAAACUGUAGGAAAGCAAAAAUUGAUUUCUCCUUGAGUAUUCUUCAAAUGGCCUUGUCACUUUGACUAAAUGCAUCUAAAUUUUAAAGGAGAUUACAAAAGUAAUUGGUAUGGGAUCACCAACUGCAUCACGUAGUUAAAAAAUUUGACGUUGCCAAGAUAUUCUUAUUACGUGAUUACAAUUUUUAACACAAAGCUGAGAGGGCGCUACACUUGAUAAACACCUCCUCUAAAGCCAUCGAAAACUUCAUUCUAUGUGCCCGAUUUUUGCGGAAAAUUUUGUGUAGAAAAAGUGAUCAGUUAAAUAAGAGAAGAAGAAAAAUAAGUCAACGAGCCGCUCACUAGUUAUUUAAUUUAGCAACAAUAUAACUGAAUCUCACGAAAAUUACUGAAAAUCAAGCAAAAUGAGAACUCGCGUGCUGAAAAAGUCUCAGUCAACUCCGUUUGAUUUCACUGCAAUUUUCAGUAUCGAACAGAUGAGUUCGUAUCCAAGGUUAUUAUAUUUUUUCAAAAAUAUCGAGUUCUCACGAACAGAGAAAAUUGCUUUGGUAGUUUUACUGUUGUUGCUGCUGUGCUUUGGUUCAGCAUCUGCAGAAGAGAGCAUCAGCGAUGGAAGCAGACCAAAACAGUCUGGCCAGCCGCUGCGGGUAGUGCCAAUUUCUCAGCAUAUUGACCGCACGGUUCGUAAUUCUCUCAAGACGAUACUGCCAGCCAUAAGUGCGAGAUUUUGGUCGCAGUUGCAGCUGGUGAAGCGUGAACUCAGGAAUGACAUGCGGCGGAUGACACAUCUUCUUGAACAAGUCGCAGGCAUUGCCCAAGCGCAGCCUGUCGGCGACCUCCAUAAGGACAUCAAUAGGAGAACGGGUGGAGGUCAUCUCCAAACGAGCGGCCUGGAAGUACCUCCAGAAACAGACGAGACCUCAAACGAAAAAAUAAACCUUAGAGAAGAAGAUAUGCGAGCUACAGAGCAGUGGACCUCCGUGGCUUUUGAACGGAAUCUCACAGAAACGGUGGCGAAGUUGGAGAAGUUACUGACAGAAGGACUAGUGACGCUCACGGAGGGAUGCGUUAGGGAAGUCGAAGAAAAUAAUCAGGCUGUGAUUGACCGUCAGAGAGACAUCCUCAGGUCUCUGGAGCGCCUCCAUGCUCGAGUGGACCGUCUUGAUGGCAGGAGUCCGACAGCCGUACUGCCCAGCUUGCCCUUCCUGCCCAGCAGCCAGGUUUUGGAUCCUCCUCGUGAAUGCCGCGAGGCUCAGCAGCGCCGGGCUGCGGGUACGGACGGCGUCACUCUCAUCUCGCCAAAGCGUCCGCUUGAAGAUAAGCCUCGACGCGUGCGUUGUGACCAGACCACGUCAGGGGGCGGGUGGACUGUCAUGCUUCAUCGGCAACAGCAGGAGCAACAGCUCAACUUCCGCAGAGACUGGCGGGAGUACGAAGAAGGCUUCGGUGACCCCAGUGGAGAAUACUGGAUAGGCUUGAAGACUUUGCACGAGCUCACCCGUUCCAACCCCUUCGAACUGCUCGUGGUGAUGGCGAUCGGGGACGAAAAAGCCUCAAGCUUCUACUCAAAUUUCAGUGUGGGUAGCAGUUCUUCGCCAGGCCGUGGCUACAGACUCAGGGUCUCCGACUAUCACCACAACAGCACGGGCGGCGACGCGCUGUCUUACCACAGCGGUAUGCCCUUCACCACAUAUGAUGCCGACAAUGAUAUUGCUAAAGGAGGCAGUUGCUCGCUGUGGUGCGGCGGAGGAGGUUGGUGGUACAACUACUGCUUCUACGCUAACCCCACGGGGGUGUAUCCUCCCCCCAGCCUCACCAGGACCACGGAAGGGGAUGCGUACCUCGAGUGGAGGACUUGGCAAGGAUACUAUGCGUAUUUGACGCAACUCACCAUGAUGAUCAGACCGAAGACCCACUGAACCUACCCAAUUAAUUGUCAUUCUCGUGGUGUGAAUUGAACCUUUUGUGACAAAUAGUCGUUCCAGUAUUUCUAAGAACAGAUUUUGAUACAGGGAGCCACUGAUAAACUAGACGUAUCGCUGUUCACAAAAUGAAACUUUCGAUUACGACACGAGAGAUUGAUAGUAACGAGCGCCAAAUGAGUCGAGUUCGUGGAGACGACCAGCUAACAGGUCGUAGAGUUAAUGUCUGAGUUAUGUUGAAUUUUUAUUAUGAUAAUUUACAGAAUGACGACGAAA